ACACGAUUAAACUGGGUUUCCUGAACACUAGCAGUCCGGAGGGAACUCGCACGAUCCACGAUCUCACUUUGCUUUGAUGCUUUGAGAAUCAUGUCCGGUAAAAGGAAGGUAUUAGUUGCAGUGGAUGGCAGCAAGAACUCUGAUUAUGCUUUAAAGUGGUACUUGGAAAAAGCCUCCCAGCCUGAGGAUGAGUUGAUUGGUUAUCAUGUUUGGCAGCAGAAACAUCUUCCCACCUUUAGCUUAAAAGCACCUUUUCAGCUUCCAGCUGAGGAGUGGAAAAAAAUCAUGGAGGAAACAAUGAAGGAAGUGGAAAAAGUUGAGAAUGACUUCACAACAAAAUGCGGUUCAGUAAAGCAUCGCAAGUUUGAGAGUGAGAGCAGUAACAAUCCCGGACAAGCAAUUGUUGAUUAUGCAGCAUCUAAAAAUGUGGAUUUCAUCAUUAUGGGCACCAGGGGUCUCAGCCCCCUGCGUCGCACUGUCUUGGGUAGUGUUAGUGACUAUGUUCUGCAUCAUACCCAUAUCCCUGUUGCUGUGGUGCCAGUUAAAGAGGAAUCAACUUAGAGGCAUUCAUUUUGCCAGAGGCAAUGUUUGCAUUGCAAUAGUCUUAGCUUUCAAUUUUGUAUCUUGCUGAAUGAGGGUAGUUAGAUAUAACAAAAAUUGCUACCUGCAGUUAUUGUUCAAGUUAUGCUCAAGGAAAUAUUACAUUGUUAGCACAUGCACUAUGAGGAGGAAACUAAAUAAAGCAAGUGAUAUGGUGUA